UCACGCCCUAAAAAAACCCUAUCGCCCAUUUCUCUCUCUCUCUCUCUUCCCCCCUCUCUUUUUCUCUCUAAGAUCCACCGUCUUCUCCGGCUAUUCAGCCUCUCUCCGCCGUAAGCAGAAUGGCGUGCAAACGGAAGUCGAAGGCCGGAACUUCUUCAGGUUCUCCGCAGAAAUCGAAGAACCCAAGGCAAGCCAAGAAGGCCAGAGUUGAGGAGGAGGUAGCCACGAGUGUGGAAAAAGCUACUUCUCCGCCGAAAUCGAAGAAGACUAGGCAAACCAAGAAGGAGAGAGUUGAAGAGGAGGUAGCAACGAGUGUGAAAAAAUGUACUUCUCCGCUGAAAUCGGACAGCCAGAGGCUAACCAGGAGUGCUAGAGUUGAAGAGGAGGUAGCAACGAGUGUGGAAAAAGCUGCUUCUCCGACGAAAUCGAAGAACACGAGGCAAACCAGGAAGGCGAGAGUUGAAGAGGAGGUAGCUACGAGUGUUGAAAAAGCUGCUUCUCCGCUGAAAUCGAAGAAGACGAGGCAAACCAAGGAGGGAGGAGUUGAAGAGGAGGUAGCGGCGAGUGUGGAAAAAUCUGCUUGUUCUCCAAAAUUGAAGAAGCCGAGGCAAACAAAAAAUGCUAGAGUUGAAGAGGAGGUAGUGACGAGUGUGGAAAAAGCUGCUUCUCCGACGAAAUUGAAGAAUCCGAGGCAAACCAAUAAGGCGACAGUUGAAGAGGAGGUAGCAACGAGUGUGGAAAAAGCUGCUUCUCCGCCGAGGAAGCCAGUGACUCAGGAGGUAGCUGCGCCUGAUGAAGAUGGAGAGGAAUCGAGGUUUAUUGGGAAACCGAUGGAAGAUGAGGAGGCUCGUAAGCAAUACCCCAAGCGAUAUGCGGGAGAGAAGCCACAGAGGAAUGGGCAAAACAACUCCAACGAUGAUGAAGAUAUCAUUCAAGCUCGUUGUCACUACACAAAGGCGUUGGUGGAUGGAAUCAGUUAUGAUCUCUAUGAUGAUGCCCAUGUGCAAGGAGAGACGAAAGAAGAACCCUACAUUUGUAAGAUUGUGGAAAUGUUUGAGGCAAUUGGUGGGCUAUUAUAUUUUACUGCACAAUGGUACUAUAGAUCACGAGACACUGUCAUAAAGCACUGUGCUACUGUUGCUUGUGGGCGUGUAUUCUUUUCAGAUGUCCGAGAUGACAACCCUCUGGAUUGUCUUGUUGAAAAACUUCAUAUUGUUAGGCUGACACUAAAUGUUGAUGAAGAUGUGAAGAGUAAAUCAAUUCCAGUGUGCAAUUACUAUUGCGACACCAAGUAUUUGCUACCAUAUUCUACUUUUGUCAAUCUGCCAACAGAAAAUAUGCAGUCUGGAAGUGAUGACUCAACUAUCUCUGUUGAGGAUGAUGUUUGUUUGGAUAGUGAGGUUGAUUCAAAGCUGUCAAAUGGAGUGUGUGCCAAAUCAGAAGUAAGGCUCCUGGACCUAUAUUCUGGUUGUGGAGCAAUGUCUACUGGCCUGUGCCUUGGUGCACAUUUGGCCAAUGUCAAUCUUGUUACAAGAUGGGCUGUUGACUACAAUGAACAUGCUUGUAAGAGUCUAGAACAAAACCAUCCAGAGACAGAGGUCCGAAAUGAAGCUGCUGAAGAUUUCCUCACAAUGCUCAAGGAAUGGAGAAAAUUGUGCAUGUGCUUAAAGUUGGUUGAGACUGACAAUUUAGAGGAGGAUGUAGAGAAGAGUAUGCUUGAAUUCUUUAGAAAGGAAGAUGAUGAAGUGGAAGAUGAGGGAGAAGAAGAGGAAGAAGAUGUUAGUGGAAAUGAGAAUGAUGAUUCUGAAGUUUUUGAAGUUGAUUGCGUAGUAGGAGUAUGUUUUGGUGACCCAAAAAAAAAUGAAAAGAAGGGAAUAUACUUUAAGAUUCAUUGGAAGGGCUACGGGCCUGAGGAAGACACCUGGGAGCCAAUGAAUGAAUUGGAGCAUUGUAAGAAGGCUAUCAAAGGCUUUAUUACUGAAGGUUACAGAUUGAAAAAAUUGCCUUUACCGGGUGAUGUUGAUGUGGUGUGUGGGGGGCCCCCUUGCCAAGGAGUCAGUGGUUUCAACAGGUUUAGGAACACAGAAAGUCCAUUAGCCGAUGAGAAAAACCAACAGUUAGAGGUGUACAUGGACAUAGUUCGGUACCUUAAGCCAAAGUUUGUUUUGAUGGAAAAUGUUGUCGAUAUUUUAAAAUUUGCCGAUGGAUUCCUUGGACGAUAUGCCUUGGGACGCCUUGUAGAUAUGAACUAUCAAGCGAGGAUGGGAAUGAUGGCAGCUGGUGCCUAUGGGCUUCCACAGUUCCGUAUGCGAGUUUUUUUGUGGGGGGCCCGUCCUACUGAGAUCUUGCCCCAGUACCCUCUUCCUACGCAUGAUGUUAUUUCAAGGGGUGUUAUCCCUACACAAUUUGAGGGUAAUGCUGUUGCUUAUGAUGAAGGUCAGAAGACUCAACUAGCAAAAAGUCUUUUUCUGGAGGAUGCGAUUUCUGAUCUGCCUGCUGUUGAAAAUAAUGAAGAAAGAAAUGAGAUGCCAUAUGGGGGGCCACCCAAGACAGAGUUUCAGAGGCUUAUACGACUAAGCAAAGAAUACCUAAUGGGGACUUCAAAGGACAACUCUUUACAGAAGGUACUUUAUGAUCAUCGCCCUUUGCAGUUGAAUCCCGAUGAUUAUGCACGUGUCUGUGAAGUUCCGAAGAGAAAGGGUGCAUGCUUCAGAGAUUUCCCAGGUGUUCGUGUGCGCGGUGAUAACAAGGUUGAGUGGGAUCCGGAAGUACCCAGGGUGUAUUUGGCUUCUGGGAAACCAUUGGUCCCAGAUUAUGCUAUGAGUUUCGUGAAGGGGUCUUCAUCAAAACCUUUUGCCCGCUUGUGGUGGGACGAAACUGUGCCAACAGUUGUGACAAGAGCUGAACCACAUAACCAGGCAAUUAUGCAUCCUGAGCAAGAUAGGGUGCUGACAAUUCGUGAGAAUGCUAGGCUACAGGGCUUUCCAGAUUUUUACAGGCUCAGCGGGCCUGUAAAAGAAAGGUACAUGCAAGUUGGAAAUGCUGUCGCUGUUCCGGUUGCGCGUGCACUGGGCUAUGCAUUAGGUCUUGCUCUUAGACGUUCUGCUGGUGCUGAUCCCGUGUUCAUAUUGCCUGAAAGUUUCCCAAACAUUCAGGAUCAGGUUCAUUCGGCGUCAUCUGAAGAAGCGGAUUGAUUCACUGUUGCGGUUACAAUAUGAUUUAUUCAUUGCUGUUGUAACUCUAUUGUUUUAGUACUGACAUUGUGAGAACAUGUUAAUUCAGAAAUGUAUUAGUUCUUGAUCUUAUAGAGCUAUUGCUCGGAUGAACAAUGUUCUUUGAUUACUCCGAAAUGAUAAUUUGAACCUUUCUGUUCAUUUUGAGA